CUUGGUCAUUCCCAUUUAACAAAAGAAUAAGAAAAAAGCUGAACAAUAUGGUCACCGCCACCGCCAGGCCAGCUGUAACCGGCGUCAGGAUGUCGUCGGUGGUGCCAGCGUCGGUGACCGGAGAGAACAAGGACCGACGCCUCACCGGCUUGGACCUGGCCAUGAAGCUCCACUACGUCAAGGCGGUCUACUUCUUCGACGAGAAGGCGGCGGAGGGGCUGACGAUUUACGACAUGAAGAAGCCCAUGUUCCCUUGGCUCCAGCUCUACUACCCUGCCGCCGGCAGAAUACGCCGGGGGACGAAGAGCGGCGGCGGCGAGGGAAGGGGAGAGGAGGGGAGGCCUUUCAUCAAGUGCAACGACGGCGGGGUCAGGAUCGUCGAGGCGUACUGCCCCGAUUGUACGGUCGAGGAAUGGCUGCGGCUGCCGACGGCGGCGACGGCGGAGGAAGAUCGUGACGGUGGUUUUAGGGAUGAUGAUUGGUUGGCGUUUGAUCAAGUCCUGGGCCCUGAUUUGGGCUUUUCUCCGCUGGUUUAUGUUCAGUUUACUUGGUUCAAAUGCGGCGGCCUUUCAGUGGGCCUCAGCUGGGCUCACCUGCUUGGCGAUCCAUUCUCAGCCUGCGCCUUCAUCAACACUUGGGCCCAACUGCUGCACGGCCGAGCCACUCCUCUUUCUCUCCACCACCCGGGCUUCAAGGAUCCAUCGCCGCCGCCACUUCACCGACCCAAGAAGAAGAACCCGUCCUCUCUGAAACGGGUCGACCCGGUCGCCGACUCCUGGCGACCUACCUCCAGCCCCACCGCCGCCGCCACAAGGACUCACACCUUCCGCCUCACAGCUCAGCAGCUAAACGACAUCGCAUCCGCGGCUGCCUCUGCCUCCACCGCCAAGAUCUCCCGUUUCGAUCUCCUUGCGGCGAUCCUAUGGAAAUCUGUGGCCAAGAUCCGAGAGGCGACGACGGUGACGAUCUGCUGGAACAAAUCCCCGGCGGUGGGUAUGGAGAGGGAGCUUCCGAGCAACAGAAUGGCGGUGGGAGCGGUCCACGCCGAUUUCGCGGUGGCGAAAUGCGAGGUGUCCGAGCUGGCGGAGUUGAUUGCGGAGAAGAAGGAAGACGAGAGCGAUUCGAUCGAGGAAGCGAUGUCCGGCGGGGAGUUCGAUUGCGUGGUGUACGGAGCGAAUUUGACAUUUGUGAACCUGGAGGAGGCCCCGAUCUAUGAGAUGCAGGUUAAGAAGGGGCGGAAGCCGGUUUUCGCGAAUUGCAAGAUUGAGGGAGUCGGCGAGGAAGGGGCGGUGCUGGUGCUUCCAGGCGGCGGCGGCGAGAAGGAAGGGGAGGGAUCUGGGAAGACGGUGACCGUUAUGCUGCCGGCGAAGCAGUUGGCCGGGUUGAAGGAGGAUCUAAGGAAGAGCUGGGGAAUUGUAUGAGGUGUUUACUGUGAUGGUAAACAUUGAUUUUAUCGUUUUUGAUUGCAGUGAUAAUAAUUUGUCAAAAAAAAUUCAGUGAUUAUAUUUAUAUCAAGAAGUUGAUGGGAGAAAUUUUUUAAUUUUUAAUUUCAAGUGAGCGGUGAGUUGAGUUUGGUAUUUGAUGAGUGCUAAUUAUUUGGGAAGAUAACAAAUACUCAAAUGAACUCUCCAUGUCAAAGCAUGUACGUUGUUGUUAUAUAUAUGCCUUGAUAGUUGAUACUAUAAAUCACAAAUGAAU